AAAAAAAAAAAAAAGAGAUAGUUCUAAAAACUAAGGGGAUUAAAAAAAGGGAUUUAUCUCUAAUACUUUUGUAUUUCCUUUCUCAUUCUUUCUUCACGUAUUCUAUCACAUCGACACACCAUGUCAUCAGUAAAGGACGUUCGUACACCUUCUCAGGUACAACUUUUCAAACAACACUUCAUCGCUGGUGCCAUUGGCCUUUCUCUGUCAUAUUCAUGUAUGCAUCCUCUCGACACCAUCAAAACACGUAUACAAGCCGAUAUCGCGGGAGGAUGGCGAGCGAUUUUUUCACGAGAAACCGCACGUAGUCUGGGAAAAGGCUUCUUCGUUUCCGCUAUGGGAGCGGCCGGUCAGGGUGGUGCACGAUUCAGUACUUACGAAUUCUGCAAGAGUCAAAUGCUAGAAACCACCGACGGCCAACGAAAAAAGCCAUGGAUCGGCACCAUUCCCGCUACAGCUCUGUCAGCAGUAGUCGGUGACCUGGCAUCCAGCGUCAUCAAGGUCCCUCGCGAAGUAGUCACUGCAAAGUUGCAAACCGAUUAUUAUUCAUCCAUGACUUCCAAUGGACGUGCUACAGCUGGUUUUGUAGUGCGUCAAACCCUUCUUGAGGAAGGUCCACGGGGUCUGUUCAAAGGAUUCUGGGCCAUUGCUGCGAGAGAUUCUCCUUUCAUGAUUAUCUUGCUGGUAUCCUAUGAAAAUUUCAAAGCAUUCCAUCAUCGGUCCGUACGCGAAGAUUUGCUCAAGAAGAUGAAAACGCGAUCGCAUCACGAACAGCAGGUCGUUGCCGGAGCUGCAUUUGAGGAACUCGAAGCCGAUAUUCCCACCUUUAAGAGUAUCAUGUAUGGCGGCAUCAGUGGAUUCUUGGCCGGUUAUUUUACCACCCCCAUGGAUGUUCUGCGUACACGUAUGAUUACCCAGAAAACAUCUGUACGCCAGCGUCAACUGUCAGUAGUACAAGUGGCUAAAGGCAUGUUGGAUCGAGUCAUGUCCACCCAUGCAAACCCUAUGCAAAAAUCUGUACAAGUUUACAGUACUUUCUUCGCCGGCGCCAUUCCCAGAAGUUUCUGGUGGUUCGGUAUCUGCGGCAUCUUCUUCCCUACUUAUGAAACGCUCAAAUCCCUCAUGCGUCCCAACGAACACAAGCAAUAAUUCUCUCUCUCUCUCUCUAAUUCCCGCGUGCCAGCAACAGAAACCACACCUAAUCAGAAAACAAGACAAAAAGGACACCUUCAUCAAAUCUUUACAAGUUUUUUUUUUAUUAUUAUUACUAUUUCAUCAUUUUCCCAAAAAGCAUCCAUCUAGAAAGAAUUCCACGGCGACUCUUGUCACAGAGCCCUAUUUUCCGUUGUUAUUCCCUUUCAAUCUUGUCAUUUUUCAUGUACAUUUUCUGUAUACCUCACCCCACUUGCCCAAGUGAAUCAAAAAAGGAACAGCAAAAAUAAAAUUAAAAAAGUUC